AGGGGGGUGUACACACACACACACGUGGGGCUGCACACGAGUGCAAGUGGGUGCACACACAUGUAAAGGGAUGCCCAUGCAUGCAAGGGGCUGCCCAUGGGUGCAAGGGGGUGCACACACAUGUGGGGCUGCAGACAUGCAUGCAAGUGGGUGCACAUGCAUGUAAAGGGGUGCCCAUGCAUGCAAGGGGCUGCCCAUGGGUGCAAGUGUGUGCCCACGUGUGUAAAGGGGUGCCCACGCAUGUAAAGGGGCUGCCCAUGGGUGCAAGGGGGUGCACACACACAGGUGGGGCUGCACACGUGGGUGCACAUGUGUGUAAAGGGGUGCCCAUGUGUGCAAGGGGGUGCGCACACGCACACAUGGGGCUGCAGACAUGCAUGCAAGUGGGUGCAUAUGCAUGUAAAGGAGUGCCCAUGCAUGCAAGGGGGUGCCCAUGGGUGCAAGGGAGUGCACACACGUGUAAAGGGGUGCCCAUGCAUGUAAGGGGCUGCCUGUGGUUGCAAGGGGGUGUGCACAUACACAUGUGGGGCUGCAGAUGUGGGUGCACACACGUGUAAAGGGGUGCCUAUGCAUGCAAGGGGCUGCCUAUGGGUGCAAGUGGGUGUACACGCGUGUAAAGGGAUGCCUAUGCAUGCAAGGGGCUGCCCAUGGGUGCACACACACAUGGGGCUGCAUGCACGAGUGCAAGGGGGUCCACAUGCAUGUAAAGGGGUGCCCACAGGUGCAAGGGGGUGCGCAUACACACACACGUGGGGCUGCACACAUGGGUGCAAGCGGGUGCACACACGUGUCAAGGGGUGCCCAUGCAUGCAAGGGGGUGCCCAUGGGUGCAAGGGGGUGCACACACAUGUGGGGCUGCAGACAUGCAUGCAAGUGGGUGCACAUGCAUGUAAAGGGGUGCCCAUGCAUGCAAGGGGCUGCCCAUGGGUGCAAGUGGGUGCCCCCGUGUGUAAAGGGGUGCCCACGCAUGUAAAGGGGUGCCCGUGGGUGCAAGGGGUUGCACACACACACACACGUGGGGCUGCACACACGGGUGCAAGUGGGCGUGCAAGUGGGUGCCCACGCGUGUAAAGGGGUGCCCAUGCAUGCACGGCGCUGCCUGUGGGUGCAAGACGGGGUGCACCCCCCCCCGGUCCCGCUGACACCCCUCCCGCAGGCCGGGGGGCGGCGGGGGGGCGCGGGGGGCCCCCGCCAUGGCCUGCCUGCACGAGACGCGGACGCCCUCGCCCUCGCUGGCGCUGGCCUCGGACGGGACCCCGGAGCAGGAGCUGACCCCCACGCAGUGCGUGCUGCGCGACGUGUUGCCCGCCGCCCCCGCCGCCCCCGCAGCCCCCCCGGAGGCCUGGCCCCGUCGCGGGCCCCCCCGGCACCCUGACCUGGGUUCCGAGGGAGCGGGACCCCUGGCCGCCGAGGCCGCCCACCUUCGGUGCCAGGCGGGUGGGGGGUUCCUGGAGGGGCUUUUCGGCUGCCUCAAGCCCGUCUGGACCAUGAUCGGCAAAGCCUACGCCGCCGAGCACAAGCACCCCCAGGAAGACCCCUGGGAAGUGCCCUUCGAGGAGAUCCUGGACCUGCAGUGGGUGGGCAGCGGGGCGCAGGGUGCCGUCUUCCUGGGCCGCUUCCACGGCGAGGAGGUGGCCGUGAAGAAGGUGAGGGACCUCAAGGAGACCGACAUCAAGCACCUGCGCAAGCUCAAGCACCCCAACAUCAUCACCUUCAACAUGCUCAUCACCUACGACGACGUGGUGAAGAUCUCGGACUUUGGCACCUCCAAGGAGCUCAUUGACAAGAGCACCAAGAUGUCCUUCGCCGGCACCGUGGCCUGGAUGGCACCCGAGGUCAUCCGCAACGAGCCUGUCUCCGAGAAGGUUGACAUCUGGUCCUUCGGGGUGGUGCUGUGGGAGCUGCUGACGGGUGAGAUCCCCUACAAGGACGUGGACUCGUCGGCCAUCAUCUGGGGGGUGGGCAGCAACAGCCUCCACCUUCCCGUCCCCUCCGGCUGUCCUGACGGCUUCAAGGUGCUGCUGCGCCAGUGCUGGAACAGCAAGCCGCGGAACCGGCCGUCCUUCCGCCAGAUCCUGCUGCACCUCGACAUCGCCUCUGCUGACGUCCUCUCCACCCCCCAGGAGACCUACUUCAAAUCCCAGGCGGAGUGGCGGGAGGAGGUGAAGCUGCACUUUGAGAAGAUCAAGUCAGAGGGGACAUGCCUGCACCGGCUGGAGGAGGAGCUCAUCAACCGCCGGCGCGAGGAGCUCCGGCACGCGCUGGACAUCCGGGAGCACUACGAGCGCAAGCUGGAGCGCGCCAACAACCUCUACAUGGAGCUCAGCGCCCUCAUGUUGCAGCUGGAGCUCAAGGAGAAGGAGCUGCUCAGGCGGGAGCAGGCACUGGAGAAGCGCUACCCUGGGCUCUUCAAGCCGCGGGCGCCACGGGGGCUCCUGCACGGCAACGCCGUCGAGACCCUCAUCAAGAAACGCAACGUCCCCCAGAAGCUCUCGCCCCACGGCAAGCGACCCGACAUCCUGAAGCCGGAGGUACUGCUGCCCAAGCUGGAUGCGGCCAUGGCGCAGGUGGCCCUGCCAGGGUGUCCCAAGGGCCCCCCCUCGCCUGGGCGCAGCCGCCGGGCCAAGGGCCGCCAUCGCAAAGCGGGACCCCGGGGGGGUUGUGGGGAGCCGGGUCCUGAGACCGGACCCCCCCGGGGGCUCCCCGGACCCCCCCCAGCCACCACGGGCCCCGACCUCCUCGGGGGCACCCUGGAGGCUGCGGGUGUCCCCCCGGCCACGGUACCUGAUGCUGGACCUGGGGGGGCAACGGGCACCCAAGGGUCCCCCCCGCCACGGCCCCCCGCUCCCGGUGAGCCCGAACGGGAGAGCGGGGCUGGCCGGGGGGGGAAAGCGGGGGCCGGGCAGCACCUCACCCCCGCGGCACUGCUGUACCGGGCGGCCGUCACCCGUGGGCAGAAGCGGGGGGUCUCAUCAGAGGAGGAGGAGGGCGAAGUGGACAGCGAGGUGGAGCUGCCGCUGCGGCAGAGGUGGCCCCCGGGCAUGAGCAAGCGCCAGUCGCUGUCGACCUUCAGCUCGGAGAACUUCUCGGAUGGGGACGGGGACGGGGACGGGGACGAGGGGCACACGAGCGAGCCCUCGCACAGUGCCACCCCCGACGUGGGCAGCACCAACACGGACGAGCGUCCCGAUGACCGUUCCGAGGACCUGCUCUCCCAGGGCUCCGAGAUCCCCCUGGAUGCCGCUCCCCCCGAGGGUCCCGGCCGCCGUCAAGGGGGGCUAAGCCCCAAGGUCUCCGAAGACUCAGACUGCGACAGCGCGGAGCUGGACCACUCAGGCAGCGGCGAGGGGCCCCCCCGACCCACAGCCCCCCCCGGCCUGUGACCUGUCCCCCCACCCCCGUGCACACCCCCCACUUGUACAGCCCCAAAUAUUUAUAUAAAUAUCUAUC